AUGUCUGCUGCAGAAAAUUUCCCAAGACCAAAAUACGUGGAGGGUGGUUGCCUAUGCGGCUCACUGCGGUAUCGCGUCGAGUUUUCAAAUGAUCAUGACUUUUCCAAAUCAUCUGGCACUUGUCAAUGUACAAUGGACCGAAAGGCGACGGGCUCGUUGUGGUUUCAAUACCAUCAAGUCCGUGCCAAUUCGGCGUUUCGAUUCACAUCACCAACGGCAUCGCUCAAGCACUAUAUAUCGUCAGCAGGCACGCAGCGCGGCUUCUGCGGCGAGUGCGGGAGUUUCCUUUACGUGAGGCCCGCGGCCAGCGAGGACUAUAAGAGAGUCACCAUUGCAGUCGGCUCCGUGGACGCAUUGUACUUGUUUGGCGAGGACGCCGAUGGCGACGAGGUUCCCGUGGGCGGGUUUGGUCGCGCGCUGGCCAACGGUUGGGGCGACCACGAGUGGUGUCAUAAUGAGAUACCUGGUGUCACGGACAAGAUAUCUAUUCUUGGCUACGAAAGGGGCAAGAGGUGGGCUACCGAUCCUGCCUGA